AUGAGGGGAGAAUGGCGAGAAGUGGCAAAAAAUAGGAGGAGAACAAUCAACUUCUACCAUCCAAACCUCACACUGAAUCUGCCCGCUGAUUUUGAUAAUGCCGAGAACGGAUUACCGCAACGCUUCGUAAACGACUUUUGGAAACUGACCACCGGAUUCAUUAGAAUAAACUCAUCAACGUCGAACGUGACGAUGCAUUUGGACAUUGGCUGGAUUCACCCACUCAAACACGAUGGCUUGGAAGAUUUUGACCCGCUCGAUCCGGGCACCGAUUGCAUCAAGGUUGAUGAGAUUUUUCUGCAUGUGAACCCUGUGACAAUGUUGGUGGUGAUCGUCGGCUCGUGUCUCCGUAUUCUAAACGACAUCUAUUUAAUAACGAAAAUUGAAAUCCAAUUCAAUACAGGGAGCAAAGUGGAUGAGACUUCAAAUGCAAAGAAAGCAAAGCCGAAGAAAGCACGGUAUCAGCCAUCAAUUCAAGAGACGAUUUUCGCCGCAUUUCAAUCACUCGUCGUGUGCCUCUACUUGCUUGAGUACUCGGAGGAUAUGCUCGGUCGGAUGUCGGUCAUCACUUCGUUUCUACUGCAUUUUGUCGAUUGGCUUUGUGAUGACAAAUGGGAUGGCUGUGGAUCCGACCGAAGAUUUCGUUCAAAAAAAGCCGCAGAGCCUGAGGAAGAAGAAGAAAAAAAGGCGCAGCUCGAUCCGACCGUUGAGAAAAUUUUGCUACUCGAAGCGCAAACUUAUUGGUUGGCAACUUGCCUGUCAAUCGGCUUUCUCUUGUGCCAAUCGUUGUGGUUUCUGCUCUUUGGUGGCUCCUUUCAGGAAGAGAUCUCGUUGCGAAGUGUUUAUCGUUUCUCGUUGCACGAGUUCUACUCGGCGUUACUCACUUUUGAUCUCAUCAUGCAGACACCGCAACUAAUCGACAAUUAUCGCUUCAAAACCGUCCCCUAUGCAAGCGGAUUCGCACUGGCGCGAGUGCUCGUGCACACGUUUCUGACGUUUUUGACGACAUUUUUGCAUGGGUCACUCACAUGCCCCCACUCUACUUGU